AUGGCACCAGCAUUCGACAUCACGCCAGAGAAGCGAGCAUCAAUGCUCGCCUUCUUUCAGCGGCAGCUCUUCCGUGAACCCCCCGUAUGGACUCGACAGGACGCAGAUUUAAGCGGCCAAACCGCCAUCGUCACAGGGUCCAACACUGGCCUCGGCUUCGAAUGCAGUGCUCAGCUCCUUGACCUUGGCCUCAGCAGGCUCAUUCUCGCAGUCCGCAGUGAAUCAAAGGGCGAGGAGGCGAAGAAGCUGCUCUUGGAGCGCCAAAACUCAAGCACUCCCCCACCAGUCAUCGAAGUGUGGAAGCUCGAUCUAUCGAGCUAUGACUCCAUCGUCGCGUUUGCAGAGCGCACCAAAACGCUGCAGAGGCUCGAUAUAGCCGUCCAUAACGCAGGUCUCAUCAAGAAGAACUUUGAAAAGAACAAGUUUACAGGCCAUGAGGAAACUGUUCAAGUCAACUACCUUGGCCUCGCUCUAUUCACACUGCUACUUAUUCCCAUCUUGGAGGACAAGAACACCGUCGAACAGCCUGGCCACCUUGUACUCGUUUCCUCCGACACAGCCGCAUGGGCCGGAUUCAAGGAGAAAAACUCAGUACCGCUACUUGCUGGCUUUGAUAAACCCGAGUCGUUCAAGAGCCAAGAUCGAUAUGCCACUUCCAAGUUACUUGGGCAACUGUUCCUAUCGCAGCUGGUGAAGAGGGUGCCGCUGUCCUCUACAAUUAUAAAUGCUCCGAAUCCGGGUCUGUGCAAGUCCAGCUUGGCACGCGAACAUGACGGCCUCUUGGAUAAGUUGUUGAUGUGGGCUUUUCAAUCCUUGCUUGGGCGCCAGGCGUCGGUAGGAGCUCGCGCGUUUACCGAUGCAGCUGUGAAGCAGGGUCCAGAGUCACACGGACAGUAUCUUGAAGACGGAAAGGUUCAGCCGAUGGCACCGCUCGUCUACACACCUGAGGGUCAUACAAUUGCAGAGAGGCUGUGGAGGGAGACCUUGGACGAACUCGCUUUUGCAAAGGUCACUGAUAUUGUCCGGUCCUUGGGUGGUCAGCCAUGA